ACAGCACAGAGCUCGCCAUCCACUACUUGACAUAAUUACCUACCCAACCCCCAUACCCAUCGACACACGCACGCAAUAGUUUUCGUCAAGACGCAAAAUUCGGAACACGGACGCUCGCGCGCCCCAAUUGCCCCUCCAAUAUUCGUUCAUGCUAUCGCGCCUGGCCACCGCCUCGAUCCGACUCGCAACUGCCACGAGACACCCCUUGCAGCCUCGUACUGUCCACACCGGCCUUCGUCUGUACACUACGGCCAUGGCCAAGGUCGACACCUCGUCUCGGCUUUCCAAGCUGAGGGCGUUGAUGGAAGAGCGCAGCGUUCAUGUGUACAUCGUGCCGUCCGAGGAUAGCCAUAGCUCCGAGUACAUCGCCGACUGCGAUGCCCGGCGCGAGUUUAUAUCGGGCUUUACCGGCUCUGCAGGUUGUGCGGUUGUGACCCUCCAAGCCGCCGCCCUGGCCACCGAUGGGCGCUACUUCAACCAGGCCUCCAAGCAGCUUGAUGAUAACUGGACCCUGCUCAAGCAAGGGCUCCAGGACGUCCCGACGUGGCAGGAAUGGGCCGCCGAGCAGUCGACCGGUGGAAAGACUGUUGCCGUCGAUCCCACCCUUCUCGCUGGGCCCGCUGCCAAGAAGCUUGCGGAGCAGGUUCGCAAGGCUGGCGGCUCUGACCUUGUAGCCCUCGAUGAUAAUCUGGUUGACCUUGCCUGGGCUGACGGUCGGCCCUCGCGCCCCCGUCUGGCCGUCAAAGUCCUUCCCGACAACGUUGCCGGGAAAUCAGUACAGGCCAAGAUCGCCGAUCUCCGCCAGGAGCUGGCCAAGAAGAGCUGUCCCGGCUUCUUCGUUUCCAUGCUUGACGAGGUGGCGUGGCUUUUCAACCUCCGCGGAAGCGACAUCCCUUAUAAUCCCGUUUUUUUCUCCUAUGCUACUGUCACCCCGCAUGCGGCGACCCUCUACAUUGACGAAUCCAAACUCGACGAAGGAUGCAAGUCGCAUCUGGUCGCUAACGAUGUUACCGUGCGUCCUUACGAAGCAUUUUUUCCCGACGCCCGAAAUUUACAAGCCGAGGUCAGCGAGAAGAACAAGGCCGCGGGUGCGGCAGCACCUCAGGUGUUUCUCAUGUCGAACAAAGGCUCGUGGGCACUGCAGAGAGCUCUUGGAGGUGAGGGCUCAGUGGAGGAAGUCAGAAGCCCCAUCGGAGACUCAAAAGCCAUCAAAAACGAGACCGAGAUGGAGGGUAUGCGGGCAUGUCAUGUGAGGGACGGCGCAGCUCUCAUCGAAUAUUUCGCGUGGCUGGAGGAUCAGCUCGUGAAUAAGAAAGCUCCGCUUGACGAGGUCGAGGCUGCCGACAAGCUGGAACAGUUACGAUCCAAGAAAGAACACUUUGUCGGCCUAUCCUUUCCUACAAUCUCAUCUACAGGACCCAACGCGGCAAUCAUACACUAUGGCCCAGAAAGGGGAAGCUGUGCAACAAUCGACCCCGGGAGUGUGUAUCUCUGUGACUCCGGAGCGCAGUUUCUGGAUGGCACAACCGACACGACCCGAACGCUGCAUUUCGGGAAGCCAACAGAAGCUGAGAGGAGGGCGUAUACUCUCGUGCUCAAGGGUGUCAUUGGUCUCGACACGGCAGUCUUUCCCAAGGGCACUUCCGGUUUUGCGCUGGAUUGUCUUGCCCGCCAGCAUUUAUGGGUGAGUCUUCCGGUCGGCGGCUACCACACAUGCACCCGCUCGCAAAGUACGCGACAUCGCGAUGUGAUCGCUGACGUUUAUCAGAGAAACGGCUUGGAUUAUCGACACGGCACGGGCCACGGUGUAGGCUCGUACCUCAACGUCCACGAGGGGCCAAUUGGCAUCGGCACCCGAGUACAAUACACCGAGGUCCCGCUGGCGCCCGGGAACGUCCUCUCCAAUGAGCCGGGUUAUUACGAGGAUGGCAAGUUUGGAAUCCGCAUUGAGAACAUCAUGAUGGUUAAGGAGGUCAAGACGGAGCAGUGCUUUGGCGACAAGCCUUAUCUUGGGUUCGAGCACGUCACCAUGGUGCCUUAUUGCCGGAAUUUGAUGGACACGAGCCUUCUGACGUCGGCCGAGAAGGAUUGGGUCAACGCCUACAAUGCUGAAAUCCUGGCCAAGACAAAGACGUUCUUUGAGAGCGAUCCUUUAACUAUGGCGUGGCUCACCCGCGAGACGCAACCCCUGGAAUGAGGUGUAGGCAAUAACAAGAUCUCAGCUGCUGAACUGGCUGCCUCUAGAGGCGGACGAGUGCUGCCAGGAUAAACGUGACGACAAAUGAAG